AAAAACGUGUGGACGGUGAGAAAAGCCAUACCAUUUACAAUUCAAACCUCUUCAAACUUCCAAACAUUUCACCAGUUUCUGUAUUUAUAUAUAUCUAUAUAUAUAUAAGAGAUCUCCCAUUACUGGAUUCUCAAAUAAAGGGAAAAAGGAAAAAAAAAGAAAAGAAGAAGAAAGCCCAUCAUCUCCAUUUCACAAGAACUCUAACAAAAUAAAGAAAGAGAGGCAGAGAGAGGAAUUUGAGUUAGCAGAAAACAAUGGCAGUGGCUAAAGAAAUGAUGGGUUGUUCUUCAUUUGUGUCUUCAUCGAAAGUGUUUCUAAAUUCAACUUAUGGUUUCCAACAGAAACAGAACCGGUUCCUCUUUGUUAAACCUGUCUGGGUUCCAAUGGAACAAAAGAGAAGGGUGCAUUUGAGGAAAGCUGCUAAGGUCCCUGUGGUGGCUGCUAUCAGUGAAGACUUGAUAAAAGCCGAGGCCAAAGCCGUGCCUGCUCAAAAGGAAAAAGCUGUUGAGUUUAAGGUGACUGCUACUAUAACUAUCAGGAACAAGAACAAGGAAGAUUUUAAAGAGACUUUAGUUAAGCAUUUCGAUGCUUUUACCGACAUGAUCGGAAGGAAUGUCGUUUUGGAACUCAUUAGUACUGAAGAAGAUCCUAAAACCAUGGCUCCAAAGAGAAGCAAAGAAGCAGUGUUGAAGGAUUGGUCCAAGAAAGCAAACGUUAAAGCCGAGAAAGUUUAUUACACGGCGGAAUUCACGGUGGACUCGAAUUUCGGAGUGCCGGGUGCUAUCACGGUGACCAACAAGCACCAAAAGGAAUUUUUCCUGGAAAGCAUCACCAUUGAAGAUUUUGCUUAUGGUCCUCUGCAUUUUCCCUGCAAUUCUUGGGUACAAUCCAACAAACACCAUCCUCGGAAACGGAUUUUCUUCACCAAUCAGCCUUAUUUACCCGACCAGACACCGAAAGGUCUAAGAGCAUUAAGAGAGAAAGAGCUAGACGAUCUGAGGGGCAAUGGCAAAGGUGUAAGGAAACUCUCUGACAGGGUUUACGACUUCGAUGUAUACAAUGACUUGGGAAAUCCAGACAAGGGCAUUGAUUAUGCCAGGCCGAUGCUCGGUGGUGAAAAAGUGCCUUACCCGAGACGGUGUCGCACUGGCCGUGGUCCUAGUGAAACAGACAUGGAAGCAGAGAGCAGAGUUGAGAAGCCAUUGCCAAUUUACGUGCCUAGAGAUGAACAAUUUGAGGAGUCGAAGCAGAACGCUUUCUCGGCAGGGAGGCUUAGAGCAGUGCUACACAACUUGUUGCCGCAGUUGAAAGCCAGCAUUUCCGCCCAUAACCGCGACCUUAACUCCUUUUCCGAUAUUGAUGGUCUUUACAAAGAAGGGCUCCUUCUCAAAUUAGGCUUUCACGAAACAGUGAAGAAGUUGCCGAAAAUGGUCAGCAAAUUACAAGAAUCUAGUGAAGGACUCCUCAAAUAUGAAACCCCUAAAGUUGUUUCCAAGGACAAGUUUGCCUGGUUGCGCGAUGAUGAAUUUGGCCGCCAAGCAUUGGCUGGUGUCAACCCUGUCAACAUCGAGAGACUUGCGUCUUUUCCACCAGUGAGCAUGCUCGACCCCGAUAUCUAUGGCCCCCAGGAAUCUGCACUCAAAGAAGAGCACAUUGCGGGCCAACUUAAUGGCAUGACUGUUCAACAGGCUUUGGAUGAAAACAAGUUGUUUAUGGUGGAUUAUCAUGACAUUUACCUACCGUUUCUUGAUCGGAUUAAUGCUCUUGAUGGCCGAAAAUCAUAUGCUACUCGUACCAUAUUUUUCUUGACUCCGAGCGGGACUCUCAAGCCAGUCGCCAUUGAACUAAGCCUCCCUCACACCUCACCAAAUUCCCGAUCCAAACGUGUCGUCACACCUCCUGUUGAUGCAACCACAAAUUGGAUUUGGCAGCUUGCUAAGGCUCACGUUUGCUCCAAUGAUGCUGGUGUUCACCAAUUGGUUAACCACUGGUUACGAACACAUGCAUGCAUGGAGCCUUUUAUAUUGGCUGCACAUAGGCAAUUGAGCGCAAUGCACCCGAUCUUUAAGCUUUUGGAUCCACACAUGAGAUAUACGCUAGAGAUCAAUGCCCUAGCUCGCCAAAGCUUGAUCUGCGCUGAUGGUGUUAUCGAGAACUGCUUCACUCCCGGUCGCUACUGCAUGGAGAUGAGUGCUGCUGCUUAUCGGAGCCAUUGGCGCUUCGACAAGGAAGGCCUGCCUGCGGAUCUAAUCCGAAGGGGAAUUGCGGUUCCUGACCCGACACAGCCACAUGGUCUCAAGCUCCUGAUUGAAGACUACCCAUAUGCCUCGGACGGGCUACUGAUAUGGAAUGCUCUCGAGAAUUGGGUUCGAACCUAUGUGAACCGUUACUACCCGAAUUCAAGCCUGGUGUGCAAUGACAGAGAGCUACAGCAAUGGUACCAUGAGUCUGUCCAUGUAGGCCAUGCUGAUCUCAGCAAAGAGUCGUGGUGGCCCUCAUUGAAGACAACGGAUGAUCUAGUUUCCAUCCUAACCACCCUCAUUUGGCUCGCUUCGGCCCAACACGCUGCACUUAAUUUCGGACAGUACCCUUAUGGUGGCUAUGUCCCCAACCGUCCUCCUCUAAUGAGGAGAUUAAUACCCGAUGAAAACGACCUCGAGUAUGCUAAUUUCCUUGCUGAUCCACAAAAAUAUUUCCUAUCAGCGUUGCCAAGUUUAUUACAAGCAACAAAGUUCAUGGCCGUGGUCGACACCUUAUCGACACACUCACCCGAUGAGGAGUACUUAGGAGAACGACAGCAUCCGUCGAUUUGGUCUGGUGACGCCGAGAUAAUCGAAGCCUUUUAUGGGUUCUCAGCAGAGAUCAGACGGAUAGAAAAAGAGAUCGAGAAAAGGAAUGCCGAUCCUAAUCUAAAGAACCGGUGCGGAGCCGGGGUGUUACCAUAUGAGUUGCUUGCACCUAGCUCAGGUCCUGGGGUAACAUGUAGGGGCGUCCCUAACAGUGUUUCAAUCUGAUCUAAAAUUGGAAAUCAUGGUGCUCAUAUUUAUUCAUUCUUAAUCAAAACUUAGGUAUAUAAAUUCAUUACAUCUUUGAUCGAGCUGACUACUAAAUAGUGGUCAGUAAUGGGUUAUAUAUAACUCGUUUUAAGCUAGAGAAUAUACAUAGAAUAGAGCUUGUAAGCAUACUUGGUGUAUCAUAUAACCUUGUUAUUAUGCAAUUAAAAUAAUGUUCAAAUUAA